CUGCAGGCCCGGAAGACCAGUGCAGUUGGGACGGUACGUCUCAACCGGCGUGGCAUGCCCUCGGACCUGCAGGCGAGUCGGGGACAAAUCGAUUUCCGGUCCAGCAAGACCGGAAUCAUCUGCCGUCAGUGGGUGGAUAAGCGUCCAGUUACGAUGCUUUCCACCGCCCACACCAGCAAGGUCGUUACCCUGCCUCCCAACCGCCGAGGGGUGGAGAGGUCGAAGCCUGAAGUUGUCGUUGACUACAACAACGGCAUGAAGGGCGUUGACCUCUCGGAUCAGCUGGCGCAGUCAUAUCCAUCGACGAAGAAGACCGUCAAAUGGUAUAAGAAAAUUUUCUUCUACCUAUUGGAUAUGACUACGACCAACGCGCUGGCUAUCCACCGGGCCCUCGGCGGAAAACUCACCCAGUAUGAGUUCCGCAAGGAACUCGUUCGAGGAUUGCUGCAGCAAGGCGGUCCCCGUGGCUCCUUCCGGCGGAAUCCUCCUCAGGCUCGCCACGAGGAGGAAGUUACCCAGCAGGCACACUUGCCAGUUGACACACCGCAUCGUCGGUGGCGUCGGUGUGUGCUCUGCUGGAGGAACCACCGGCGCAGGAGGGAGACCAGGGUGAUGUGCAGUUGCUGCGGCACCUCACUCUGCCCAACACCCUGUUUCCAGGCAUUCCAUGCCUGAAGGUGGUUGGGCAACAGAAGUUGUAAAUAGUGUAAAAUAUGUACAUAGUUUCUAUGUAUUUAUUUAUUGAAAAUGUAAAAACACCGUGCUUUCAGGCAUUUCAUGCCUGAAGAUCAUUUGAAAAUGAUAAACAUUUG